AUGGACAACCUGGGUGAGACCUUCCUCAGCCUGGAGGAUGGCCUGGACUCUUCAGACACUUCAGGCCUGCUGGCCUCCUGGGACUGGAAAAGCAGAGCCAGGCCUCUGGAGCUGAGCCAGGCAUCCCCGGCUCAGAGCCUCUCCCCAGUUCCUUCUUUGGAGUCCUACCCUGAGGUUGCACUGCCCUGUGGGCACAGUGGGGCCAGCACAGGAGGCAGAGAUGGCUACAGCAGCCACGGGACUGGUGGCUUAGUAGAGCUGGAUUACAGCAUGUUAGCUUUCCAACCGGCCUACCUGCAAGCUGCUGGUGGUCUCAAAGGCCAGAAGGGCAGCAGCAAAGUUAAAAUGUCUGUCCAGCGGAGACGCAAGGCCAGCGAGAGAGAGAAACUCAGGAUGCGGACCUUGGCAGAUGCCCUCCACACACUCCGGAAUUACCUGCCACCUGUCUACAGCCAGAGAGGCCAGCCGCUCACCAAGAUCCAGACACUCAAGUACACCAUCAAGUACAUCGGGGAACUCACAGACCUCCUCAACAGCGGCGGGAGAGAGCCCAGGCCCCAGAGCGUGUGACCUGUGCUUCUGGAGAAUCCCACCGGUUCCAGACCUAUGGCCAGGCACAGAGGAGUUCUGAAGACCCGGAACCUGUCUUCCAGGACAAUAGCACAGCGUUAUCUGUGGACACUUAGUGUGGCAAGUCGUGAGAUCUACUAAGUUGAAAGGGACUUCCGUCUGACCUAUUGGAGCUGC